AAUGUCUGAAUUUCCGUCAUUGUUAUGGCUGUCAUUUUAGGAUGAAAUCGCUACACUUUCAUUAUGGUACUGUUUGUCGGACAUGUCGUGUGACCAAAAAUCAUAUUUGACAUAUGACGACGUGUUACAAGGGCGAAAGUUAAUUAUAACGAUAGUUAUGAGAUAUUCCGUAGUAAGUACUCCUGGUGCUUACAAGAGAAUAGUCUUAGAUUUAUGAGAUCUUGAUAAAUACGCUACGUCAACACUGCAUAUCCCCAGGUGCAUCAUCAUCCGGAAAAAAAUAUCUACUUGGCAAUGAUUUUCUACGCUUUAUCACUGCUGAUCAGAAAAUGACCGAGAUAGUCUACCUUAUCUAAUGCAGUCUAGCUGUGAACUGUGAAUGAAUUAUUCUACAGUUAUGAUUUCAGUUUUCUGUCCGUUUGAGCUUUAUUUACAUCUGCUAAGUGUUCUGCAUAUUCCUUAUUUAACGGAAGCUUCCUAAUGACGGAUUAUUUUCAAAUGACUGCGUCCAAGACGACGAGGAAUUAGCGCGAAAACUUUAAUGCGGGAAAGUAUGGCGGUCGUUUAAGAAAACAAGACAGUGAGUGUUCCGAUGUUUUUCGUGUCACAUGAUGUUAAAACCUCCACAAGAAGGCAUAUUUCGUCUGUAAUAAGACAUCCUGCAACUCCAGUUCCAGAGUAAGCUUAAUGUGAUCACCCGUUUGAGAAAUAAGCACUGAUCCCUCGAGAACCCUCCCACAUCCCCUACCGGCAAAAUUGUGUAUCCCUCCGCGUCGCCCGAGUUCCAAGACUCAGGAAGGAUGCCAUCGGUGAGGAAGAGAACGAAAACAACCCCAGGAGAGGGUUUCCUUCGCCUUUUCGUCCAGGUUUCGGUGACCGUAGGCUGCGUCUCGUCGUUUAACCUGAAAACAGAAGCACCCAUCUUGCUUCGACCUCCUGACCAGAAAGGGGCGCAGUUUGGCUUCUCUCUCGCUCAUUUUCUCAAUGGGACCGAAAAAACAAUUCUAGUCGGUGCUCCGCUGGCACGGACUCCUCAACCUCUGAGCAAUCCCGGAGCACUCUACUCCUGUGGUCUCAAGAGUCAGGAGUGCCAUCAGCUCCUCGUUGAUACCAAGAGCGACUCUUACUUGACUUGGUUCCCUGACGAGCAAAAGGAAAAUCAGGGUCUUGGGUACAGCCUUGCAGCCGACGGCGACAGUAUCACGGUAUGCGCUCCCCGCUGGCACGUCUUCGAUUCAAGAGCAACGGGGAUAGAGGACUUUGCCCUCGGCAAAUGCUUCACAGGAAGGGCGCCGGAAUUCGAAUUCACGCCCUUCUCGCCGCCGAUUUUAACGCCUCCGAAAACGGGACGGCUCAGCUUCAGGAAUACUGGAUAUUGUCAGUUUGGUUUCAGCGUUACCUACAUCAAGGACCAGAACUCCAUAGCAGCCGGGGGUCCGGGAUGCUGGAAUUGGCAAGGCGAUGUUUGGAAUGUGCAACUGGAUGAUCUGACUCACUCCGAGUCUUUCAAGAAAGUCGAAUACCUUUCACUAGAGGAUGUGGACCUCACCGACAAGAGCGUCGGUACAAACAGUCUCUUGUCGAAUUUGUACCUCGGGUAUAACGUAGUCCACUUUACUUACGGCUCCUACUCGGCAAUAGCGGCUGCCAUGCCCAAAACCAUUAGCAGCAGGAAUUUGGACGUCGUCCAGUCCGAGGAGAAUCUGGUCGUUGGUCCACUUGUUCAGAUACUGGUAGAGGACGAAAACGACAAGAGUAAACUCAGGGUUCUCGACAGUCUCAAACCACCAAGGAACCGGUCUGAAAUAAAGGAGGCUUCCAAGGAGAGCAUGUUUUCCUACUUUGGUUAUUCGUUGGCAAUGGCGGACCUCAACGGAGAUACCCUCGAUGACAUCAUCGUUGGUGCCCCGUUCUACCACAACGAUACCCAUCAGGACCAGGGCGCCAUAUUCGUCUACAUGCAAAGGAGAUUCCCAACAGGAGGAGAAACUGAAUGGAGUUAUGAGAUGAGGGAGGAGAAUGAAGAACACGACGCUCCCCUUCGAAUUGGUAGCGAAUCCUAUGGUCGCUUUGGUACUUGUGUGGUAGCCAUUGGAGACAUCGAUGGUGAUGGGUAUCAAGAUAUUGCUGUGGGAGCACCAUUCUUGAAAAAUGGCGGAGCUGUUUACCUAUACAUGGGGUCAUCGACAGGCCUUGAAGAGAUGUACAGACAGGUGAUUAGGGCCUCUGAAUUACCUGCAUCCAUGAAACCCACUUCCGGGUUUGGGUUUAGCGUAGCUCAGCCCCUUCCAGGAAAUCAAGCCGGGGGAACACCGCUCGCCAUCGGUGCUCACGAUUCGGAUGCCGUGUUCGUCUUUGAACCGAAGGACGUCAUAACUGUGGAAUGGAGCAUCAAAUUCAACCCAAAAGUCAUGGACCUCUCCAAAAAGGUCUGCCCAGACUCCCGUGACGUUUCGGCCGAAAAAUACUACCCGUGUGUUCAGAUCGUAACUUGCCUUCAAUACAGCAGCGUCAAGCUGUCCUCCGUCUCACCCUCGCAUUUGGAUUUCACCUUAAAGAUAGCCGCCGAUGUAAAUCAAACUCCGAACAGAUUGUUCUUCGCUGAUGACACAACAUCGACUAAGUUGGACUUCAGAUUACGAGAAAACGAGACGACGUGCCGGGAAGUUAGCGUAAUGGAGAAGAAAUCCACGAUAGAAGAAGUCAAACCUUAUGACAUCCAAGGAGAAAUCGCGAUGGCUGAGAAGGACAAGGCUCUGGCCAUUCUGGACCCAAGAAGUGAUAUCGUCAAGACAGAAGUCCUGAAUAUACUGGUGCCCUGUGAAAAUUCCACGGCUGAGUCCUGCUUGAGCAAACUGCAGCUCAUAAUAGAUAUGCCGACAUCCUACAGUCUGGACAAUCAACAGUCGAUCAAUGUCUCUAUUACCGUGAGAAAUCCUGGUGAACCGGCUUAUAGUAUUUGGCUGAAUGUCGACACAGAGGGAGACCUCGUUUUCCAUUCAUUAACGGAGAGUGUGUCUUGUGACGAGAAGAAAGGUGUUACAGUUUGUAACGUGGCCAGAGUACUCACCAACGAAUCCGAGGUGAACUUCGUUUUGCAAUUGCAACCGGCCUCCAAGUUCCUUGACUCCUUAAGAACGCAUGAGAAUUAUUUUCGAGUGAAUGCGUCUUUAAGUACAACCGCCGUUAUUGUCAAUCCAGAGGAUGCUCAGAAAUACUUCAAGAUUCCCAUUACUGUCGAGGCCGAGAUGGAUAUCACAAAAGACAGGUCCAGUACAUCCCAGGUACACUACAACAGUUCAGAGUUUUACAAACAACCUCGCGACGCACAAACAGAAGAAGAACUUGGACCUGAAGCGAUUCACAAGUAUAAAAUAUACAACAAAAAGGACUACAACAUUUAUAGCACCCAGUUGACCAUCCACUGGCCGCUCAAGAUUGAUGGUCUCUAUUUCUUGUACCUGCUGGAAAUGCCCACGUUUGACGGAGGAAACUUUUCCUGUGAAUACAACAACGGCGAAGUGGACGAGUUCAGUUUGAGGAGGAAUGUGGAGGAUCCCUUAGAGCCGGGAGGGUACGGGGAAUUUCAUCGCUCUGCUUCUCUAGGUCCGCUAAAGACAAGCGUCGUCCAGGGGAAAAGAGUCGAGUACUUGAUGUUCCAGUGCGUCACAGGCACGAUUCUUCCGCGAAAGGACGUUAGCAUCAAGCUGCGAUCUCGUCUUGUGGAAAGAACCCUCAAGGAACUGCAGAUGGGCAACAGCAUAAAAGACGCGAAUUCUUCUGCUUGGAUUCAGAUACUGGAACUUCCUGUGCAAGCACCUCUGCCUCCACCAUCGCCUGUCUCGACGGUGCAGACAAUCAUAUCCUACCAAAAUGAGUCCCCAGAGGCCGUGGUAGCCUGGUGGAUAUACCUCUUAGCUGCUUUAGGAGGGCUUUUAGUGUUGAUUCUCAUCAUACUCAUCUUAUACAAGAUUGGAUUCUUCAAAAGAAAAAGUUUCGAAAAAAUGGAUGGAGAUAAAGCGGAAGGAGACAUGCUGGUGGACGAAGAGAAAGGAGAGGGAGAAGAGAAGGAAGAGGAGAAUCCUACGACUCCAGAAUCUCCGAUGCUGAAGGAGACGGAGAACGCCCAAGGCGAUUUUGAAUUCCGUCGCCAAUAGCGCAUGCGCUGAAGCCUCAAACGGAGCGAGAGCCCGUGAAAUCUAACCACUGAAGCCUGACCGGGACUUUGAAUUUAUUCACCGAAGUCUAGGACGAUACAUCGUUAACUAUAUUUUCAAAAUUAAUAAUCGUUAUUAUUCGAGAACAAGAUAUGGCACCCUUGUCAAGCCCUUAUUUGAUCGACUUGCGCUAGACAUCGUUGGUGAGAAAACUGAUCUGCUUUUCUGGCAAAUAUGCAAGUGCGCUGAAAUGCUCUGUUUUUCAGGGUUCGUUUUAUUUUCAGUACAGCUCAUUUAUAACGUCGUAAUAAUGUUAUGCACUUACCUGACCGCUUCUGUCCAUACAUUCAUUGUAAAUUGUGUUGCAGAAUUACUGUUGAUUUUGUGUAACACAAGGAAAAAAAACUAAGUUAUCUUAAUGAUGUCAACGAUGGCGUGAUUCCUUCAGUGAAAAGCUAUGAAGAUGAGUCAGUCUAUGACUGACAUUUAAAAGCAUUGUUUUCAGGACAGAGCGCAUUGCUUUUCACUGCACGUGAAGGUGAUUAUGCGAUGGUGACAGAACAAAACAAAAUAUGCGAGAAAGUUUACGUCGGGAAGUUGACUGGAAAAUAAGAGGUUACGUUUCACAUCUGCAUUUUCCAUAUGGUCAUUAUCUUCCUUUUUGUCUUGACUACUAAUAGACCAUCAAAUCUUCAUCAGAACUUUGGUUAACUGUGAAAAAUUCCUUUUGACAUGUUGAUUCUCGUGGUGUGGAAAUGUUAAGUGAACAACAGAUAAAUGCUUAUGUGACAUAAAAGAUUUUUCGUGAUGUAAUUAGAGAAAUAAAAGAAAUGGA